UCCUUGCGGGGAACGGCCCCGCGUUCGUGUGCGGGUGGAUGGCGUUAAUGGCCAUCGGAGCGAGGCCGGCGCUGCUGGGGACGGAGCUGAGACCCGCAGCGUUACGGCACUGCGUGAAGGUGUGCGGGGCCAGGGCCGUGCUGGUGGAGCCACGGUGAGGGGGGAUAGUGGGGUCUCAGCUGUUCGGGGCUUUGGAGCCGAUCGUGGCGGAGCUGCGGGAAUCCGGCGUGUCGGUUUGGGUGAUACCGGGGGUGAUACCGGGGCCGGUACCGGGUCGGUACCCGAACGGAGCGGAACCUUUGAACGACGCUUCGGAACCGGAUCCGAAGGAGCUGAUGGAAGAUGGGGACGUUUGGAGACCGAGCGACAUGGGGGAGACGGCGCUGUACAUCUUCACCUCCGGGACCACCGGUCUCCCCAAGGCCGCCCGUGUCUCUCACCUGAAGGCGCUGUUGUGCUGCGGCUUCUACCAGCUGCUGGGCGCCCACCGGCGCGACGUGCUGUACGUGGCGCUGCCGCUGCAUCACACGGCGGGGGCGCUGCUGGGCAUCGCGGGAUGCGUCGGAAUCGGCCGUGGGGAGGAGCAGCUUCACAUCUAUAAGCUUUUCUCGCCCUUUGAGAUCGUGAGGUUCGACGUGGCUCAGGGGGCCCCGGUGCGGGAUGAGAAGGGGAGGUGUAUCCGAGUGAGGCCGGGGGAGCCGGGGCUGCUGGUGGCUCCGGUGACGCCGCGGACGCCGUUCCUGGGCUACGUGGGCAGCCGGGCGCAGUCGGAGCAGAAGCUGCUCAGGGACGUUUUUGUGGAGGGCGACACGUUUUUUAGCACCGGGGACUUGAUGGAGGAGGACGAACUCGGCUUCGUGCGAUUCUGCGACCGCACCGGGGACACCUUCAGGUGGAAAGGAGAGAACGUUUCCACCACGGAGGUUGCGGAGGCGCUGCUGACCCACGCGGCCCUACAGGAGGCAGCUGUGUACGGCGUCACCGUGCCAGGCCAUGAGGGUCGUGCGGGGAUGGCUGCGGUGGUGCUGCGUCCUGGGUGGGAGCUGGAUGGGGCUGAGCUGUUCCAACACGUGGCUGCGGUGCUGCCGCCCUACGCGUGGCCAAGGUUCAUCCGGCUGCAGGAGCGGCUGGAGGUGACCCCCACCUUCAAGCAGCUCAAGUCGUUGCUGGCUCAGGACGGUUUCGACCCGACCCGUGUCCCGGUUCCGCUGCUGUUGUUGGACGUCGCCGCGGCCGCCUACGUCCCCAUGGGCCGCGAGCAGUGGGACGGCGUCGUAACAGGCCGCAUCCGCAUCUAGGGCCGCCCCACAACCGGCCCCAUGGACCCCAGCAAAUCUAUGGGCCCAUCCAUCCCAAUAUCCCCCAGCCACCCCAGUGUCCCUAUAUCCAUCCCAAUAUCCACCAGCCACCUCUAUGUCCCUAUAUCCAUCCCAAUAUCCCCCAUCCAUCCCAAUAUCCCCCAUCCACCCCAGUGUCCCCCCAUUGACCCCGAUGUCCUCCAUCCACCCCAAUGGCCCCAUAUCCAUCCCAGUGUCCCCCCAUCCACCUCUAUGUCCCUACAUCCAUCCCAAUGUCCCCCCAUCACCCCCAAUGUCCCCUCAUUCACCCUAAUGCCCCCAUAUCCGUCCCAAUGGCCCCAUAUCCAUCCCAAUAUCCCCCAUCCAUGUCUAAGUUCCCCAUCCACCCCAAUGCCCCACAUCCAUCUCAAUGCCUCCAUAUCCGUCCUAACAUCCCCAUAUCCAUCCCAGUGGCCCCACUCCCACCCCAAUGACCCUAUUCCCAUCCCCAUGUCUGUCCCAGUGAUGUCCCCCCAUCCACCCCAAUGUCCCCCAUCCAUCCCAAUGGCCCCAUAUCCGUCCCAGCGGCUCCAUUAGGAUCUCUGCCCCCCCCUCAAUCCAUCUCCAUGUCCCCAUAUCCGUCCUGAUGUCUCACAUCCCAAUGAUGGUCCCAAACCCAUCCCAAUACCCCCAUAUCCACCCCAAUCUCUCCAUAUCCACCCCAAUAUCCCCAUAUCCACCCCAAUACCCCCAUAUCCACCCCAAUA